AUGCAUGCCGAGGGCGCAACGGAAGCCACGGGCACAUUGCAAGAGGAGCAUCAUCAUCAACAGACUCAUUGCGACUAUCUAUUCAAUGGAGAACCCGUUUAUUACCCCUGGUGCUAUGCCUACUGGCGUUGUGAUAUUGAGUCCCCUCCAAGCGGAGCUGUUGCCGCAAACAGCUCGCCCAACAGCUUGCCACUUCGAGUUAUAGCUGCAUCUCCCGACAGCAGAUGGGAGUCACUGGGCUACCCAAAGCUACAAAAGACACCAAAGGAACGCUGGCUUAUGAUCUGCAGGGCAAGAAAGUUCAUGUCGAUGUCUUACAUAAGUCUGUACUUCGGAUUCUUGCAAACAAAGACCUUCAAAGCGACGUGUAACAGAGUCGCCAAGGAAACGAGAGCUGAGGCAACGGCUACGACAACUACCAGCGCAUCAGCGGCUUCUAUCCUAACAGCAACGGCGACUUUUCUCGCAGUGCCCACAGCCCCCGCAGUUCCCACAGCCUCAGCAGCGCAAGACGCGCCUUCUGUUGCAGACGGCAGCACUAGCAGGAGAAGCGGGAUCAAGAAGCGCGCCCUGAGUUUCUCCGAGGCUCCAUCCAAGCGAGGAAAGGCUUGCUCUAGUUAUACGAGCGAGGUACAGGCUGCCGGAGUGCAACAUCCUGCACUGUUCAUUAGCCCUAAUGGACGAUUGACACCAGACCGACCUGGAACAACAGAGCAGCGAUCGGAUUACCUUGAGACUUUUUACAUCUUACCACGGUACAUCACUCUGCCAAAAAUGAGGCCGAUCCCUCCACUCAAGGUCAAGGAAGCUAUAAGCCUGAUGAUGGAUAAUGUUUCGACUCGGGAAACCGCUCGUCGACUCGAUAUUUCGCAAAGAGCAGUCGCAAGGAUCUAUUCCGCCAAUAAGGAAAAGAUGCCGAUCAACAAGGGAGGCCGUCCAAGAAAGAUUGGCAAGGAAACUAUCGAGUUUCUCAAGCUAAACCUGAAGAGAGGAAUUUUCCGGAGCGCUGUGGUGUGGUAA